AUGGUUGUAAAUGCAUUCAUGCUUCAAAAAAAAUUUCCCAAUUUUCAAGUAAACGACAUAAAUGCUCUAAUUGACAAGUUUCAAGAAUGUGAUUUAGAUAAAGAUGGGCUUCUUGACCAAAGAGAAAUUCAACAAGCAUGUGCUGAAUACAACUAUGAUGAAAUUCGAGCUACUUUGAAACAAGUAGCCACAAGUGCUACUGGUAAAAUUGACGUGGAAGAGUUUAUUGAUCUGGUAAACAGGCUUAAAGAAGGCCGUAACAAAGGCGCUUUUGAUGUACAUCAACACAAGAUUCGUGUACAAGGUGCUAAUAGUGAUGCAACACAUACAAUCAAUGAGGAUGAACGAACAGAAUUUACUCGCCAUAUCAAUAGUGUUAUGGAAACUGAUCCAGAUGUCGGUUAUCGAUUGCCUAUUCCCACGAAUACAAUGCAGCUGUUUGAUGAAUGUCGAGAUGGUCUCAUAUUGUGUAAAUUAAUCAACGAUGCUGUACCAGACACCAUUGAUGAACGUGUGCUUAAUGUCAAGAAGAAGAUUAACAAUUUUCAAAUGGUGGAGAAUAAUAACAUUGUGAUCAAUUCUGCAAAAGCCAUAGGUUGCUCUGUUGUUAAUAUUGGCUCUCAAGAUAUUAUUGAAGCAAAGGAAUACUUAAUCUUGGGCUUGAUUUGGCAAAUUAUUAAGCGUGGGCUACUAAACAAGAUCACCAUUCAACAACAUCCAGAAUUAUAUCGUUUAUUGGAAGAAGGAGAAACAUUGAACGAACUCUUGAAGCUACCACCCGAUAUCAUUUUAUUAAGAUGGUUUAAUUUUCAUUUGAAGGCUGCAGGGUGGCAUAGAAAAGUAGCUGGUUUUACAAAGGACGUCUCUGAUGGUGAAAACUAUACAGUCUUACUGAACCAACUUAAGCCUGAAUCCUGUUCGCGUGCACCAUUACAGGAACCUGAUCUAAUGCAACGUGCAGAACUUGUCCUCCAAAAUGCAGAAGCCAUUGGUUGUCGCAAGUAUCUGACACCCAAAGCUAUGGUGGCUGGCAACGCCAAAUUGAACUUGGCUUUUGUGGCUCAUUUGUUUAACACACAUCCUGGUCUUGAGCCUUUGACAGAAGAAGAAGUACCUGAAGUAGAGCCAUUUGAUGCCGAAGGAGAACGUGAAGCACGUAUGUUUACCUUGUGGCUCAACAGCCUCAAUGUAGAGCCUGGUGUGUAUAACUUGUAUGAGGAUCUUAAAGAUGGCUUGAUUUUGCUUCAAGCAUUUGAUAAGAUUGUUCCUGGUCUUGUUCAAUGGCGCCUGGUGAGCCAAAAACAACCGCUUUCUCGGUUCAAACAACUAGAGAAUUGUAAUUAUGCAGUACGUUUAGGACAAGAAAACAGGUUUUCUCUUGUUGGUAUUCAGGGUGCUGAUAUUGUCGAUGAAAACAAAACACUGACAUUAGGUCUUGUAUGGCAAAUGAUGCGAGAGAACAUCGUGUUUACUCUACAAUCGUUGAGUAAAGGAGGUCGACCUGUGACCGACAUGGAUAUGGUUAAAUGGGCAAACGAAACUGCUCAACGAGGAGGAAGUCAUUAUUCCAUGAAGUCAUUUAGAGAUCCUUCAUUAAAUACUGGUGUGUUCUUUUUAGAUGUAUUGAAUGGCAUGAAACCUGGUAUUGUAGACCCUACUCAUGCCACUUCAGGCAAUACAGCUGAGGAUGCAUUUAAUAAUGCCAGGUUGGCUAUUUCAAUUGCUCGAAAGCUGGGUGCUACUAUUUUCCUUGUACCUGAAGAUAUUGUUGAAGUGAGAGCAAAGAUGAACUUGACUUUUGUAGGAAGUCUAAUGGUAGUUGAUCGACAAAUGUCAAAAUAA